CUCGGAUUUUUUCUAUCCCAACUUUGGUGGUGUGGAGAAUCACAUCUAUUAUCUCUCACAAUGCCUUCUCAAGCUUGGUCACAAGCACAAGGAUGUUGAGGCCCCCAUCUAGGUAAUAGGGGCAUUAGAUGAACCACCAUUUUGUUUUGGAGUAAUGGGAAUUUUGUCAUGAUACUCGACUUGAAUGAUGUGGCAGCUAAGGUGUAAUGAGGAGUUUCUCUAGAGAUGGGGGUGGGUGCCAGAUUAUAUAUUGCUGUAUACUUGUAGUUGUUUUAAUAUGAUUGGAACAUCUGAGUUGCCGAGUGUUUUGAGAUAUAAAAAAAUGAAAAUAUUUCGUGACACAAAUCAGCUUCCUUUGUUCUAUUAGUUGUUGACUAGAUGAACUUUCAUUGUUUGAUUGUUCAGGUGGUGGUAAUGACUCAUGCCUACAACAAUCGUUCUGGGGUGAGAUAUAUGACAGGCGGAUUGAAAGUGUACUAUGUACCAUGGAAACCGUUUCUUAUGCAGAAUACUUUUCCAACCUUUUAUGGGACACUUCCAAUAGUAAGGACUAUCCUUAUUCGAGAGAAAAUAUCCCUGGUACAUGGACAUCAAGCUUUCUCAACUCUUUGCCAUGAGGCUUUGAUGCAUGCGCGCACAAUGGGGUACAAGGUCAUAUUUACUGAUCAUUCACUCUAUGGUUUUGCUGAUGCGGGAAGUAUACACAUGAACAAGGUAUUGCAAUUUACAUUGGCAGAAGUAAGUCAGGCCAUUUGUGUUUCUCAUACAAGCAAGGAAAACACAGUGCUACGGUCAGGUUUGCCACCAGAAAAGGUCUUUGUGAUACCUAAUGCUGUUGACACAGCUAUGUUCAAGCCCGCACCAGAGCGCCUGAGUAGUCAUGAAAUUGUAAUUGUUGUUAUAAGUAGAUUGGUUUACCGAAAGGGCGCAGAUCUUCUCGUUGAAGUCAUUCCAGAAGUAUGCCGUUUAUACCCCAAUGUUCGUUUCAUUGUUGGAGGAGAUGGACCGAAACGUGUGCGGUUGGAGGAGAUGAGGGAAAAACAUUCUCUUCAAGAUCGAGUUGAGAUGUUAGGUGCCGUGCAACACUCUCAAGUACGAUCUGUCCUAAUUACUGGCCAUAUAUUCUUAAACAGUUCUUUAACAGAAGCUUUUUGCAUAGCGAUCUUAGAGGCUGCUAGUUGUGGAUUAUUAACAGUCAGUACACGUGUAGGAGGUGUCCCGGAGGUACUACCAGAUGACAUGAUUGUACUUGCAAAACCAGAUCCUAGUGAUAUGGUUCAAGCAAUAAAGAAGGCAAUAUCUAUACUUCCCAAAAUUGACCCACAAGAAAUGCACAAUCGUAUGAAGGAGCUCUACAAUUGGCAUGAUGUGGCGAAACGGACAGAAAUUGUUUAUGACCGUGCUCUGAAAUGCUCAAAUCAAAAUCUUUUACAACGACUCUCACGAUACCUCUCAUGUGGAGCUUGGGCGGGAAAGCUUUUUUGCUUGGUUAUGAUCAUUGACUUUCUGUUAUGGCACCUGUUGCAACUAUGGAAGCCUGCAGAGGAUAUGGAAGAAGUGCCUGAUUUCAUUCUAUCCCAUGAUCAAGAUGAAGGGAUCUCACAGGACAAUGAGAACCAAAGCUUGAGAUGAUUGCAUUUACAAAUUGGAAUUGUUCCCUGCAUGAAAUAGAUUGACCUUAAAAAGAGGAUGAAAUGGAUUGACCUGAUCUCUUUUUUAUGUUGUUUUCACUUGGCUGGUGGUAUCAAAUUAGUCCUGUAUGUAGUGAAGAUUUUGUCAUGAAGACUUAAAGAUGCUUGUCUGUUGCCUGCAUGGCAACUUUUGAACAAAUUUUGGCCGGAAUUUGGCCGGAUUGGCUACUUCCUUUCAAUUGUUCAGAAUUACCUUAUAAAAUUUUGGCCUUGGUGUUGGUGAUGAAA